CUAUUGCGCAAGUAAGGCAUACAGUCUGGAAACAAAUGCAGUCGCUUAGAGCUUGUUUAGCUGUAUAAGAGCGCCCCAGAACCACCCGUUAUCCAUUUGCGAACAGGCUAAUUUUGUACGGCAGUUUUCACAAUCCAGCCGAGGAGAAUGGGCAGUUUGGCAGCUGGUGUUAACAGCAUAUUUAGGAUUGUUUACCGAGUGCAGUUGCAUCACUUCCCCACAACUGGAUAGUACCUGCAUGACCCCAAAAGGGCGGCAACGUAUUCAACAGCCUUGGCAAACUAGUCGUACUUGCAAAAUCUUAAACUAAGAAAAUGAGAUGUGGAGAUGGCAGACAUAGAAAAGACCAUCCAUACAAAAGAAAACACAAUAUGUAUUUUUGGCACUGGGGAUUUUGGAAGAUCUUUAGGUUACAAAUUGCUACAGGUGGGAUAUAAUGUAGUGUUUGGAAGUCGAAGUCAAGACAGCACCCCUUUGCUUCCAAAGGGAGUUGAGAUUAUGGAUUACGGUGAAGCUGCACAAAGAUCCAGUAUCAUUGUAUUGGCGAUCCACAGGGAACACUAUUAUUUCCUCACCAACCUGUCUCAUAUACUGAAUGGUAAAGUAUUGGUCGAUGUAAGCAACAAUCAGAAGGUGAACCAGUAUCCAGAGUCCAAUGCACAAUUCCUUGCUCAGUUGGUACCCAAUGCUAAAGUCGUAAAAGCCUUUAAUACAGUCUCAGCUUGGUCUCUGCAGUCUGGAUUAUUGGAUGCCAGUAGACAGGUGUUUGUUUGUGGCGAUGACAGUAAUUCCAAGAGACUUGUCAUGGAUGUUGCCUGUAGGCUUGGCCUGACACCAUUAGAUCAAGGAUCCCUUUUAGUAGCUGGAGAACUGGAAAACUAUGCUUUGCAUCUAUUUCCAAUGUGGAGGUUGCCCUUCUUCAUCUCCAUUGGCUUAACUGCAUUCUUCUUUUUCUAUUGUUUGAUAACAGAUGUCAUCUAUACAUCUAUUAAAGAGGGAAAAGACUACUCAUUCCUAAUUGCAGUUUCCAUAACUAACCGUGUGUUCCCCAUAGUGUCUCUUACACUUCUCGCCCUUGUCUACCUGCCAGGGAUAAUCGCUGCUUUUGUACAGCUAUACAGAGGAACUAAGUAUAGACGUUUCCCUCACUGGCUUGAUCGCUGGAUGCUGUGCCGAAAACAGCUUGGUCUCAUUGCUUUGGGAUAUGCUUUCCUUCAUGCCAUUUAUACACUUAUUAUUCCAAUCCGAGUCUAUGUGCGCUGGUGGCAUAAUAAUUAUCUCAUAUCACAGGUAAGAGAAAAUAAAACAUAUGAAGAACUGAACACCACCCUUGCCUGGUACAGUGAUAUAUAUAUGUCUUUGGGUAUUCUGGGAUUUGGUCUGCUUAUUUUAUUGGGGAUUACUUCAUUACCAUCUGUAAGCAACGCUGUCAACUGGAGAGAAUUUCACUUUGUACAGUCUAAAUUAGGACAUGUCACGCUGUUGUUUUGUACUGCGCAUACCCUGAUAUAUGGAUGGAACUACUUCUUCGAUAUACAUUACUAUGCCUGGUGUCUUCCUCCUGCUGGCACACUGUCCCUUAUUAUCCCUUGUACAGUGCUGGUCCUCAAGUUCUUCUUAAUAACUCCCUGCAUAGAUCGAAAACUUACUAAAAUCCGACAAGGAUGGGAAAGGUCACCAAAGCAUCGAAAAUAGCCUCCUGCCAAAAUGCAAUGCUCAGCUGAAUAAGGAUUUCGUAGUUUGGCAUCAAUAAUCAGGACAUGUUACUGGUGAAGUCACAUUAUACAGUGAUAACACCAAUUUUGAAAAGAAUCUGAACUUAAAGAAAGUGGACAAGAAGUUUAUAGGAGUUAAUUUCUCCAAUAUAUGUCGUGAUGUGAUACUAUGUACCUAGACUGCUUAUCUUGUUAAUGUUUGAAAUACUAACAUGUUUCUCUGCAAAUUACAUUUUAUUUUUAUGUACCCACUUCAAGAUGAUGUGAUGUUGUCAUAUUCUCAUACUGAUAAUGUAAAUGGAAUGUAAGCUGUUUCACCAGUUUGGUGCAUUAACAUAUAUGUUAUGUCUAUAGCAUAAAGAAGUUUUACAUCUGUUCAUUUUAUAGGAAGUCUAAAGGUAACUGUAACAUCUGAAGUUUUCAAAGAAGGACUGACAUGUAGUAAACAUUUGGUUAAGAUAUUGAAUAGCUAUGUAUGCUGAACCAAGGUAUUAAAAGUAUAUUUUGAUAUAUAGUGGUCCAGAAAAAAAGGUUAUAUAGCUUAGGCUACCAUUCUGGGAUAAUUCAGCAAAAGUGAGUAACAUAGUAGAAACAAUUAUGCUCAAGGAUUAUAUGAAGCUGCUUGCUAAUAGAAUCAGAUUAAAAAAAGCAUAUAGCUAGUAGUUCCUGAUGAUUUUCUAACAAUGAUUAAGGUCAUGGCUCUUAGGAUCAUUAUAUGUGUUAGUUUUUUAGAGUGCACAGUGGAAAAAUCAUCAUAUGGAUUAUCCAUUUUAAAUGUAGGUAUGUUUUAUAGCAGCAAUUAAACAUGGGUCAGUUGGUCCCGAGAGAUAGGUGAGCACUGUUUCAAAAGGACGAGUGAUGGUCUCCAUCUCGCUUGGCUGAUUGAAAAGGAAUUGGGUUCAGAUCCACAAAUCCAGAGCAGUGGACAUGGGUGCCUCUCAACGUCCAAUGCGGUGAUGCAAACAAUCCCAGAAAAGCUGGUGGGGCCACAGGGAGAGUUCUCUUUUCUUUUUAAAGGACAGGGCACCAUAGAAUGGGUUCAUCCCGAGAGAGGGGCCUGUGUCCUGGAAAGCACUGUGGUUCCAGUGGCAUCAGGUGAGCUCUCGCUGGCACUUGAAAAUCUGGGUGAGACAGUGUAAGUCAUGCACUGAGCUGUACCCAUAUCUGGAUCAGGUUUCCAAGGUGAACAGCAUCUGGCAUGUUAGAACAGUGUAGGUAAGGGAAGUCAGCAAGCAAGAUCCGUAACUUUGGGAUAAGGAUUGGGUCUAAGUGCUGGGUCUGUUAGAGUCUGGCAAAAAAGCAGCACUGGGUGUGUGCAGUGGUUGGACGAGAUGUCACCCCCUUGCAGAACCCCCCUCCCAGGGAGGCUGGGGGACAGUGGUGGUGACUCUAGAUGCACACUGAGCCCUUUCUGUGGAUCUCCCAGACAUCUUGCAUCAUCCGGCAGCUAGCAGCUGACUUAGAACAGAUGUGAACCAGAGGAAUCCAAAUGUUUAAAACAAAGCAUUGUGAAGGCCUGAGAUGGGCUUUGAUGGAAUGUGAUUUCUGUCCACUGCUCUGAAUGUUAUAGUGAAGGAAUUCAAUGAAGCACAGGUAAAUGAUGGGAAUAACUAUGACUCUCUGUUAAGGUAGCCAAAUGACUCAUCUAAUUAGUCACUCGCACCUACUAUCUAGCGAAACCACAGCCAAGAGAAUGGGCUUGACCAAAUCAGCGGGAAAAGAAAACUCUGUUGAGCUUGACUCUAGUCUGGCAGUGAGGAAGGGUUUGUGAAAGAGUGAAAGCAUUACCGUUGCUAUAUUAAAGUGUUUUAUUUGGUA